GUGUGUGUGUGUGUGUGUUGACAGCGUGUGAGGAGGGUAAACCGUGCCCCCCGGCCUUCUUCCUCACGCCGUUCCUCCAGGCCGUCUACCUCUUCUUCCAGUACAUCAUCAUGGUCAACAUCCUCAUCGCCUUCUUCAACAACAUCUACUUCGACAUGGCGUCGACGUCCAAUAAGCUGUGGAAGUACAACCGGUACCGCUACAUCAUGACCUAUCAGGACCGGCCGUGGCUGCCGCCGCCGCUCAUCCUCCUCAGUCACAUGACUCUCGCUCUCAGCGCCGCCUACAGGAAGUUCAGAGGAGACGCGGAGCGGGAGGAGAGAGCCUCGGGACUCAAGCUGAACCUUGGCCUUGAGGACCGGAAGAAGCUCCACGAGUUCGAGGAGAGAUGUGUGCAGGCCUAUUUCAACGAGAAGGCCGAGGGUCUCCACAGUAGCCAGAUCAACCGGAUCAGGACCACAGCCGAGAGAGCAGAGGAGAUGGUGAUGAUGGUGGGGGAAGUCUCCGAGAAAGUCAUCUUCAUCCAGGACAGCCUGUUGCAGCUCGACUGUCAGCUUGGUCAACUCCAGGACCUGUCGGCGCUCGCCGUGGACACGCUUACUCUGCUCUCUGCCUCCGACAGCCUCCACCAGGCUCGCCUGGCUCAGUGUCAGCCAAUCACGGCGGCCCGCCGCGUCACCGCGUCUCACCACAUCCUGCCGCACAGCUGGACGCUCCAGCACAGAAGUGGAGCCGACUGCGACGGACUAACUGCACGGCGAGCGGUGACCAAGGCGUAUAAAAGUACACCGCCGUCUUUGCUGAAGGGAUGCACGGCGGCGGUGAGCAGACGGGCUUCCCAGGAUGUCGUAGCCAGAGGGAGCAAGGGAGGAAGACAAGGACACCCUGAGGAAGGAGAUGAAGAAGCAAAGCAGGAUUCACCGUCUGCUAUGCUGGAGCCUCCCAGUGAGACUUGUCCCGGAGUCAGACCUGCGUCUCAUGCUUUCCUGUCCCACUUCCAUGGCGGCGGUCCUCUUGGGGGGUUCCGGGACCAGACGCCCUCUGAGUCGUGCGCCCCCUCCCGCUGUGGCUCCCCCCUGUCCCCCCGAGGCCUGGAGUCUCUGCAUUACAAGCACUGGACCUGGGACCUGUACCCCAGCCAGGAGGAGACGUCCAUGGAAGAGGAGGAAGAGGAGGAAGAGGAGGAAGAGGAAAGGUCACGUGACCGUGCGUCUGAUGGCCAUUUAUCCAGAUCCUCGAGCGACGCCGCCCUUCUGUCCCACCCCCGAGACGUCUCCGAGGGUUUGGUGAAUCCCGCCUUCUCUCAGGACGACAGCCGGCCCGUUCCUCGCUGCAGACCUCCCAGCCAAUGGGGAAGGCCGGAGCCGAGGUCGCCCAGGUGGGCGCGGCCGUCCAGAGACCGUCCCUACGGUUUCUGCCGUUCCCUGUCCUCCAGCGUGGAGAAUGUGGCGUUCGACACGUCGCUGCGAUGCAGCAAGAGCAGAGAGUGGUCCAAGUCUUCUGACUUCACGCAGGCUGCAGACGGCCGAGGCAAAAACCAUCACAGGAAGACGGUGAAGAUCCAGGAGAGCAGCCCCGACACG